AUGGGGGUGCGAGAUAUUUUGGUUGAGUGUAAAUCAGGGAAAUUGAAGAGAAUUAAUGAACUAAAUUCGGCAUACUUACCAUUGCAGUAUCCUAUUCUUUUUCCGUAUGGAGAAGACGGUUAUCGGGAUGAUAUCCAAUUCAAUACGACCAUUACUCAAGCAGGUGGUAGCAGACAACGUAUAACUUCUCGGGAGUAUUUUGCAUAUCAAAUACAUGAAAGGAGAAGUACAUUGUCUACUUUAUUGCAUGCUAAAAGGUUGUUUCAACAGUUCUUGAUUGAUGGAUAUACAAUGGUGGAAUCCGGUCGUCUUUUAUUCAUACGUAACAACCAAAAGGCUUUGCGUUGUGAAGUAUACAAAGGUUUGUCAGAUGCAUUGUUUAGAAGAGAUAUAGACCCUGCAACUCAAGGAAAAAGGAUAAUCUUGCCAUCCAGUUUCACAAGCGGUGCAAGAUAUAUGAUUCAAAACUACCAAGAUGCUAUGGCCAUAUGUCGCUGGAUAGGUUAUCCCAACUUAUUCAUUACAUUCACAUGUAACCCCAAGUGGCCGGAAAUUCAACGUUACAUGGGAAUUAGAGGCUUGCGAGCUGAAGAUAGACCUGAUAUUGUUGCCAGGGUUUUUAAGAUGAAGCUAGAUGCAUUAAUUAAAGAUUUCAAGGUUGGAAAAUUAUUUGGACCGGUCAAAGCAUUGAUAUACACAAUUGAAUUUCAAAAACGCGGACUGCCGCAUGCUCAUAUUGUCAUUUUCCUGGGAUCAAAUGCUAUCGUUUCAUCUCCUGAGUUAAUGGACUCCUUAAUCUCAGCUGAAAUACAUGAUAAAGAAAAUGAUCCUGAAUACCAUCAAGCAGUUGAGGACUUUAUGAUCCAUGGUCCUUGUGGUGUUGCCAGAAAAAAUUCACCUUGCAUGGUUAAUGGGAAAUGCUCUAAACACUUUCCAAAGAAGUUUGUNUUUGUUGUUGAGAUACAAAGCACAUAUGAAUGUGGAGUGGUGCAACCAAUCAAGAUCUAUAAAAUACUUAUUCAAUCUAGAUCUCCGGCAGUUGAGAGACUUAGCUUCCACUUACCAGAUAGCCAUACUGUUUUUUUCCAAGAUGACGAAGACGUGGAAUCAGUAUUGACAAAUCCAACUUUGGGCCAAAGCAUGUUCACUGAAUGGUGUUUACUGAACAUAGUCAAAGGUCCUACAUGUUAUGCACGGGGCUUAUUAGAAGAUGAUAAUGAAUACAUUGAUGCAAUUGAGGAGGCUAGCCAGUGGUCAAGUGCCUAUUCUUUGAGAAAGUUGUUUGUUACUCUAUUAAUGCCAAAUACAAUGGUCUCUACAGAAUCAGUGUGGAACAAAGUAUGGCUACAUCUAACUGAUGAUGCUCAACACAAUUGUAGAAGAUUACUUAAUCAAUCAGAUUUGUUUUUAAAUGACGAAGAGAAGAAGGAAUUUGCUCUAUUACAGUUGUCAAAGCUUUUAUUAGUGUACAACAAAACUUUGAGGGACUUUCCAAACAUGCCUGUAAUUAAUGAAGCAAGUACUGUUGCUGUGGAAAAUCGUUUUUUGUGGGAAGAGUUAGCAUAUGAUCGGGCUGCUUUGUGUGAAGAGAGUGAACGAUUACAAAGCCAACUAACUGAAGAACGGAGACGAAUAUAUGAUGCAGUCAUCUCAGAUAUUUAUUCAAACAACGGGGAUUUGUUUUUUGUUUAUGGUUAUGGUAGUACAGGGAAAACAUUUCUUUGGAGGGAACUAUCAGCUCUUAUUAGAGCAAAAGGUCAUAUUGUGAUCAAUGUUGCAUCAAGUGGAAUAGCGUCUCUACUACUUCCUGGUGGAAGAACUGCACACUCCAGUGAUAGUAAGACAUUUGGCGGAAAAACAGUUGUUUUAGGUGGGGACUUUAGGCAAAUUUUACCCGUGGUGCCAAAAGGAUCAAGACAGGAUAUUGUAUCUGCAGCUAUCAAUUCUUCAUAUCCCUGGACUCAUUGCAGAGUAAUGCGACUAACCAAGAAUUUGAGAUUAAAUUCAAUGGAGCCUGGUGUUCAACAAGAGCAAUUGGAAGAGUUUGCUAAUUGGCUAACCUCAAUAGGUGAUGGUAAUAUUGGAGUAGAUAAUGAUGGUUACGCGGAGUUUGAUAUUCCAUCAAAAUUAUUGUUGCACUUCAAUGGUGAUCCUAUUUCCACUAUUGUUCAAAGUACAUUCCCAAACUUUACUGGUGCCAACAUCGAUGGAAGUUGUUUUAAGAAUAGUGCAAUUCUAGCACCAACAUUAGAGGUGGUCAAUGAAGUGAACCAAUAUAUGUCAAACUUAACUCAGGGGGAAGGAAAGACAUAUCUGAGUUCAAACACAACAUGUAAAGCAGAUGGUUCCAAUUCUGUGCUAUCGGAUGUACAUACACCUGAAUUCCUUAGUACCAUAAGAGCUUUCGGGCUUCCAAAUCAUUCUUUGACAUUAAAGGUAGGUUCACCAGUAAUGUUAAUGAGAAACAUUGAUCAUACUCUUGGAUUAUGCAAUGGAACUAGGUUAGUGGUAACUAAAUUAGGUAACCAUGUGGUUGAAGGAAGCAUAUUGGCAGGUCUGAAUGCUAGAACUAAGGUUUUAAUUGCUAGAAUGACUAUAACCAUCAGACCCAAGAUUACCUUUCAAGUUCAAUAG